GACAAAACUGAAUGCAUUCCUGAAGAAUCAUGUCAUCAAAACACUGAUCCUGAAGCAUCAAGACUUCAUAUUCAACAACUUAAACAAGCUCCUGUUAUUGCUAGUGAAAACUUAUCUACUGAGGCAGAACAAUAAAGAGGUUUCUAAAUCCACUGUUGAUGUCAACAAAACUGAAUGCAUUCCUGAAGAAUCAUGUCAUCAAAAACACUGAUCCUGAAGCAGACAAAGUGGGUUGAUCAUGAUUCCGAGGAAGCCAACAGAAUGGCAUCUAUCAAUAAUGACAAACCGUCAGUGAAAGAUGCCAUUAACUUGCAAUCGGAAAAUAAUUACAAUCAAACUCCAAAAGUUUCAAAGGAUCCACUAAAGUCAUGUUAUUUAACACAGGUUCUGGACAAAAGGUUCAGAAGCUGUAUGCCAGAAUGUUUCUGAAAACGUCCAAGUGAAUGACAUUGAAAAUCCAACUAGUAACAGCCAGAAAAGAAUAAAGAAAGAAGCUACUUCCAGAAGUCAUUUGAGAAAAGAAGUUUUAGAAUCAAAUUCUACAGCAAAGGCAGUCUCUAGAGAACAUCUUACUCGGAGUGGUUCCUCAUCAGUAUUAGGCCCACAGAGAAGUGUCCUUACUCGGACCCGAACAAAUAAUGCAUUAUUGGCUUCGCAGAAAAAUGCCUCAUCAGUUAUUCAACCUACAUACCUUAAAAGUAUGGCUGUUAAAGCUGGUGUUCAAGUCAUGAGAAAAGAAGAUGAAAAGUUAAAAGAAUUAAAAAUGAAAGAAGAAAAAAACAAUGAAAAAGUGAAAAAGAUUAAGGCAGAACGACAAAUGCGAUUAGAAGAAAAUAAGAGAAAACGACAAGAGAAAAUGGAACAGGCUGAACUAAAGCGACAGAAGUUAGAGAAGGAAAAACAGCUUCAAUUAAAAAAAUUUGCUAAACCUGAAGUUUCAAUGAGUACUGCGAAUCAAACAAAAUCCGCGGAUAGAAGGAAAUGUGAUGAUGAUGUGGAAGAAAUAAGUGAGACAAAGCUCAGCGCUAAAACAGAAAGGGAGGAUAUAGGAAAGAAAUUUGAAAAUCAUAAAACUAAUGUUGAUACUUCGUCUGAAUUAAAUGUUACUAAAGUUGUGCACAAGGCUGAAGACAGGUCAAAUGGGUUAACAGAAAAACAUCCCAAACAUCCUCUUGGUGCUUUAAACGAAACUGUAACAGUAUCCAAAUCAACUCCUCCAUCAGCACCUUUGAAGUCCAAAUUAAUUGAGUCUCAAUUGAAAACUCCUGCGAAUGCUUCACCACUCAGCAGUUAUGAGAUGACGCCCAUUCAAGACAGCGAUUCCGAUGAUGAGAAACAAAGGGAUCGCUCCAAGAAGAUACCAAGUUGGGCACAAGGUUGUUUGCUAAGGACUGCGGUGAUAAACCAAAAUCACGAAGGCAGGGACCCAAACGAAAUAUUUGGGUCUGUAAUUGAAAGCCCUAACUUGGAGAAAAUAUUUUGUCGAAAGAUACCUUGCUACAAAAGAAGAACAAGCUCUCAAUUUUGGGAAUCCAUACCUGAUUGAAGAAAACUAAAGACAACAAGGAGGAUGUUUGGGACAAUUAAAAGAAGUUAUACUCAGAAUAUGAGGACAAGACAAAUCAGCUGCAAAUGAUUUGUCUAGUGACAUAAUAUAUUAAUGAUUUUUUUUAAGCACCUGCAAUUAUAUUUUUUUACUUUUUAUCAUAUUAUUUGGUGCAUCUGUGUUAUUCAUUUAAAGCCUGUAAUCUGGUCUUUUCCCAUUGCGCAAUGUUACUCCAUUAUCAACCAUCUUCAACCUAUUUAGAAUGGAAGAACAUGAAGAAAACUGGUAGAAUUUGAUUGGACAGUUGUUUUAUAUUUGAUAGUUGAAUCAGUUACAAUCAGUUUUUUU